CGUUCCAGCACUGCCCACCUCACUGUGGCUGGAGCACAUACCAGUAUGCAUACAUGGAUAGUAUCAUGAGAUCAUGAGUUCCUUCAGUAUUGUUUUCUUCGUCUUCCUUUUCGUUAUCUUAGCCACUGGCACUGAUUCCAGAGACUUCUUUGUUGGAGAAAAUUUGAAUGAGAAGGAAUUAGAUGAUUUCUUGGCGGAUGAUGCAAGAGCCGAAAGGAGAGAACUGGAAGAAGGGACUGGUGGCCUGUUCGAUGCCUGCAACGAUGACAAGCCGUGUCAGGGAGAGGGUUUGAGUUGUGUGACAUGGGUUACCCGAAAGAGAUGUGUGCCCAUAGACUGCUUGAAACAGGAAUUAACAAACUUUCAAAACAGCUUUGACGGGCAAGGCUACAUCCAACAGGUUUCUGCUGAAGCCGGACUUGAUAAUCCCAAUCGCUUGCCGGAAUGGCUUGGAGGAGGAGGCAACAACAGUGGCAUAUCAAGGGACAUUCAGAACUCUGGUAGAAGGGAGGCACUCCUCAAAGCCAUAUCCAACCACACUGAAUUUCAUGAGCAGGUUUCGUCCAUUGGCCAAAAAUGUUUCCUGGGCAAUAGUGCGAAUGUUGUCAUGAGAAACGCUGAUAGCAAGCAAGCAUCACUGUCAUGGUAUGGGUUACAUCUUGAAGCUGGCAUCAUUCCUGACUUUUCCUGGUCAUGCUACAGUGUGGAUGGCUAUGAUACUGAAUUUAGUCGCUUUUGUCUGGGGGCUGAGCUGGGUGCAGGCUUCUUCUACGGCAUUCUGAGUGGCUGGGGAUGGUCGCCCGUGAGUGGCACACCAGAUGAACUUUUGAAUUGUGGCUCCUUGAUGGCGGACCUUGAUGUGGGAUUGGUUACUGGUAUCGGUCUUGCUGCGGGGGCCACCUUGAGUGGAGUCCUCUUUUAUGAAGUUAUCUUUGCCUAUUUUCCCAAUUACUAUGCGAUUGGGGCUGGUGUCGGAGCAGCGGUUUGCGGAACCUCCUCCUCCUAAGAGACAAUCUGCGAUCCGAUUGAUAUACUACGGUAGAAGCUAUCCGUACGUGUACCGUAGUAGAAUCGUUCACAAAACAAAAUUCUUGUCGUCUUCUAAAGUGGGUUAAGUUCGUCGUGCUUGGAAACGGUUAUAAUUCUGGAAAGGAGCACACUUCCGACUUGAUAAAAUCCGCUUCCAUUUCUUCUCCCAUGCAUUCAUAGGUUCCACUGUAUUCGUCAAUCCGCGCCAAGCCAUUAGAACAUGUUUCAUCCGAGUGCAACCGUUCGGGGACACGAACAUUGUCCUUGUAUACUUGACCGGCAAGUACCACGUCCGAAUCGUUCGUGGCCACUAGCAAAUGAGCCGGACCGGCAAACUCAAAAUUCGACAUGCAAAUGUCUUGGAUCGAACAAACGCUGUCAUACAAACAGAAGAACAAGCCCUGGCACCAAUUCGUGGCCCCACCGCUGUCAACCCAGUAAUCACAUUCCGAAGCAAAUGCCGAUAACUGCAAGUCUUCGAAUCGACAUGCCUCUAAGGACAAUAUCUGUUCGGAGACUUCUGCCAGUGCGCCAUCGUACGUGAUAUUCCGAAACCGCGAUUGGACGACAUGGAGACUGGCGGCAUGCCUUGGCAGUGUAUUAUUGUUGUUUUCUUCGGAUAACGCCAACAAUUGGAACGGAUUGACACCCACGUACAAGAGCCCACUGGGCGCCGUCAUGUUUUCCCAGAGACAGUCCACCAUCUGAACCGUAUGACCGGGAUUGCUAAUGACAAUGGAAGACCCUCCAAACGUGUAAUCGCUCAACAGUUGUCCGG